GAGAAUUACAGAACCAAACGGUCACAGUUUUAAACGGGAUACUAAAUGGUUAUGAUAAAAGGUUACGGCCUGGGUUCGGAGGACCACCUAUUACUGUUCGUGUUAGCAUGUAUGUUUACAGCAUGGGACCAGUGACAGAAUCCAAAAUGGAGUACACAAUGGACCUUUACUUCCGUCAACAAUGGCGUGAUGAGAGAUUACAAUUCAAUGCUGACUUUGGUUUGGCUCUAAAUGCAGAGAUCCUCGAUAGUUUCUGGAUACCUGAUAUCUAUAUUAUAAAUGAGAAAUCGGCCAAUUAUCAUACCAUCCUUUAUAAGAAUUCUCUCCUUCGUAUUGAACCCAACGGAGACAUGCUAUUCAGUACAAGAUUGACUAUCACGGCUAGCUGUAACAUGGAUCUUUCAAACUUUCCCUUUGAUAAACAACGCUGUUCUCUUGACAUGGAAAGUUAUGCAUAUAGCGAGAAUGAUGUUAAAUUCAUUUGGCUUGAAAAUAGUCCAGUCUACGUUGAUCCUGCUAUUUCACUACCUCAAUUUAAAUUCCUAGCCUCGAGUACCCGUUCAAGAAUCGCUGAAUACUUUGUUGGGAACUACACGGUCGUCAGCGCCGACUUCUUCCUCGGGCGUGACAUCACCUAUUACGUCAUUCAGACAUACAUUCCGUCAUCAAUGAUCACGUGUUUAUCAUGGCUAUCAUUUUGGAUCAACCGCAAUGCCGUACCGGCUCGUGUUGCUCUUGGUAUUACUACGGUACUGACGAUGACCACGCUGGUUGGCAAUGCAGGCAACUCCCUCCCAAAGUUAUCUUAUAUUAAAGCUAUCGACUUGUUUCUUGGAAUGUGUUAUAUUUUCGUGUUUGCUGCCCUCUUGGAGUACGUAGUGGUCAUUUAUUAUGAUCAACCUCGUUACCAGAAAGCUCGUCAACUCAUGAAAGAGUUCUUAGAGAAUGGACAAGCUGCAGCAAAAGAAGAUGCAGCCAAGACAAAUGACGUGGCUAUUGAUAUAGAAGACGAAGGAAACUCACGAUUACGAUCUGAACAAAAUGGACGAACGUCGAGUCGACCUCCUACAUCACAGGACAUCUCCCGGAGCCUGCAGGCGGAUGCCAAGCGAAAAUCGGGCGACGAUUACGGGUUCAUUGAGGGCAAGGUAUCUAAAGAAGAGCCAGAUUGCAUGGAAGAGACUCUGUGCUCGUACACGCAGUCGUUCAGGGAAAAGAUCUGCGUGUUUGGGUUCAACCCGUACUCCGUCGAUAGGGUAUCUCGUAUCAUCUUCCCGCUUGUCUUUUUCAUCCUCAAUCUAAUAUACUGGUUGGUCUAUCUAGUCUUUGAUAACAUUACAGUUGAAGAUCUUAAACACGCCGACACAUUAUGAUAAUAAUUGAUUGGAUUACAAGAAAAAGGGAUGAAUAUUCCCGUUGCUUUGACUGUGAUUUGAACCAGGAACCCUGGCUCGCGCUACCAGUACUUGCUGAGUUAUUUUGUUUACCCGUCGAUUGAGCUACAGUCAACAGAGCUGCUUAUCAUGCAAGCCAGGAUCCCUGGGUUCAAAUCUCGGUCGGCGCGGUGGAAUUUUCUAGAAGCCUGACUUUAGCUUUGGUAAUAAAUCAGUCACAUUUGCUCUACCAUGUCUACGGCAGCCGUACGACGAGUUGGAAACAGCCGGUUUUUGUUUACAUUUUUUGCAAUACAGGUAGCUACAUAUACAUGUAGGUGGUUUGAAUUCAAUUGAGUAAGACGACUGUUUUCGACUCGGCGUACGGCCGCGGCGCACCGUCGAGCAAAUGUGAACUACAAUCGCGUAUCAUCGAACAUUACAAUAUUACAUUAGCGUAUACUCAAUGAAUACAUUUUUUUUUACCUACUGGAAUUUGAAAUAUGGCAUUUUCCAGCGAUUAGGAUUGGAAUAUCUGCCCCCUCUGUCAGUUAUGUUUUUAUUUUUUUAUUUUAGAUAGCCGUUUGAGAUCUUACUUUACAUAUUUAUUAAUCGGAUAUCAGAAAGCUACUGACAAAGAUUGUAUCCUGUUAUUUCCAUCUCAUCCUAUGGUUGAGAAGGUGUUUUAUAUAAACAAACGCAGAAUGAUAUUCUUUUAUGAUCGGGCGCCCGCUCAAAUGAAAAUCUGACGUGAAAUCGGUAAAUUUAUCAGAUGAAACAUAUUUUUAGUUUUUAUCCUUCACAACCGUUUUGGGGCACAUGCAUUGAUGAAAUGGAAUAGUGACAUUCACUUUUUGGGGAUACGCCAAACCUAAAUAUACGCCAAACCUAAAUAUAGGCUUUAAAUGUUCCUACUUCUAGAAUAAGUUCAUUAAAAAAAAUCCAGACCCAUUUACACUCGGUUGUCACCAAUUGCAAGAUGUCCUUCUCUUAAAAAAUGACAGUGAAUCCCUUGCAUUUGAUUGACUGACUUUUUAAAGGGAAUUAUCAUUGAAAUAAAAGGGUUAUUAUUACACUUGUUUGAAAAGUGUUUUUUCAUUAAUCUCUUUAAUUAAAACACACAGCAUGCAUUUCUUCGACUAAAUGAAGUCCUUGGUAAUAUCCAUCGACUAAAGCUUAAAUCUAAUCGUUUAUUUGAGAUUUCGUUGUUUGCCGAUCCUAGCUCGAUAAGGCAUAGAAUUCUCGUUUGUAUCCCUCAUUUUUAAACAAGUGCACGCGUUGGUAUCAAUAAUGUAUAAAGCCUUUUCAUUUAUUUGAUACAAGAUAAAAUAGCAAUACCCCGGACUUUAAUGGUGUAGUCGGGCGCCUUAGACCUCCGCUCAGACCACUCGGCCACGGCAAUUCUGCCAAUAAUAAUGAAGUCAAUAAUAGUUCUAGAGCGAUAAGAUUAUUUGAUCAUUUGACAGUUCUCUGGUCAUUGUAUUAUUCUUUGUACUAGAAAGACUUUUUUCUCUGUUGAAAAUAAUGCAUUUGAAAUGAUAUUGCAUGUAUUUGGGUCAUUGAUUAACAAAAUCUAUGAUUGUUUUGUUUCAUCAGUUUUCUACACAUUAAUUACAUUUGCAAUCGGAAUUAGUCAUGAUAGUCAAACACGUUUUUAUUGACCUGCUAAAAGAAUGAUAAUAUUCGAUAUUCAAGACAAAGGCCUAUAUACGUAUGAAUAAAAUACAAGUAUUUUACACUCAUUUAUGUUAUUCAAGCAAUAUUAUUUUUCCACUGCUGCAUGAAUGCAAUUAUCAAUAUAACUGAGAUAAAACAUGAAAAAAUAAGGUCUAUACUAUGAGAAACCUUAUGAAUGGGUGCAUGUAUUUUUAUGUUUCAUGCUGGACUAUUUUUAUUCGUAGAAUAUAAGCGCUUAGAUGAAUCUGCUUUUAAUGAUAAACGCUAUAUUGUCAAUUAGUAUGAUUAUUAUUAUUAUAAUUAUCUUUGUAGUGUAAAUAAGUCAAUGAUGAUAAUUAUGUCUGCAUUGAACAAUCAGGGGUCCGUUUCACAAAACUUGUUAGAAUAACAAAUAACAGUUCAAAGCUACUGAAAUCCUUCAAUCUGAUUGGCUGAUAGUAAAUUUUUCAUAGAACUUGAGCAUUUGUUAUUGUGAAAAGUCUUUGUGAAACUUGUAGUAGAGUUAUUUAGAACAUCUUUCAAAACAAGUUUAUACAUUGUACUUUUAAAAAACAUGACCUUUCAUAAGAAAAAUA